UGUCCACUCACGCAGCCCCAGUCACGCAGCUGAUUUCUGUCGUCAUACGUGUGUGUGUCGACGAUGCGGUGUAGUGCAGCGGGCGUGUGGGUGUGUUUAUGUGAUCGUGUAUCUGCCUGUGGUGGUUCAUUCCAUCCGCCAGACACGAUCUUCAUUCACACGUCACGCCAUGCAUCACCAGACAGACAUGUCGAGGAAAGGCACACAUCGCAAAGACAGACACCACGCCAGCAGACGGGCAGAGGGGAGUAGCUACGCUCCUGCGUUAAAACGACGAUUGAUACUCUACGCCGUCGGCUGAGACCCCCAAGCACCCUGUGCCGCAGGUGCUGCCCCAGCAGUCUCCUCACGACGGUGCACGUCUGGUCGUGGGGAGCCGACUCGGUCGUGUAGAUGUCAACGCGUCCGAGCCCCCUAUCCUAUCUUCCAGCCGAGUGAAUGCCAUGUCCCCUUCUUCCUUGAGGACGCCUCCUCUCUUUGCUGUGUGAAGGCAAUCUGCACACACACACACACACACACACAGAGAGAGAGAGAGAGGGAGAAAGGGGAGGGGCUGGUGUGGUGCCGUGUCGCUGCUGGAUCCUCUUCUCUCGCUCCUCGUGGUUGGAUGGACCUAUCGAAGUGGUACUUGCAGUAGAGCAGCGACGCGAUGACCAUGACCGCGCAGAAGACGAUGAGCACAACGAUGCCGACGGCCGCGUUGCCGCCAAAGAGGUCCCUCAGGAAGACGAAAAAGCCCGGUGUUUUCGUCGACAUGGCAUGUAGCCCUCCUCCGUCCAUGUACGCGGUGUAAAUUCGGAGCUAACGGCCAUCAGCCUGCAAACGUCCGGCGAAGUGACUGAGAACCUGUCAGACGCAAGGAUCGCACGCACAUCGCAGCCGCACAGGGGGCCCCUUGUCAAAUCAGAAUCACACAGGAUGGUCCUCAGGAAGCCGCUGGCGAUUUUUGUCUGCCUUGCGUACGUCGCCAGCACAUUGGCUCAAAUCAGGAUCCUCCAUCCAAAGAGCCUCUCCAGAAGUUCCACAGGGCCAAGAUCGACGGCUCGACUGCCGCCUUUGGCACACCGGUACAGACACACACCAAACAACACAGACACAUACAGAGGCAAGGCGCCGCGGGAGGGAAGGCCUAAGGGACGGCUGGGGUGAGUAUGAUGGCUGCUGGUCGUGUGUGUGUGGCAGUAUCAUGGCCAGCGGAUAACUGGCCGCUUGGUGUACGGCGAGACCAAGGGCGACUAUUGGUGCCGCGAGGACGACUAUGACAUCCCGUUGCCCCUCGGCGAGAGGGAAAGAACGCUGCCCAACAUCGUCGUCGUCAGGAGAGGUACAAAUCACACACAAUAUGGCACCCCAACCGCAGCCACAAGCAGACAGGCGGGGAACAGCGACAGAGAGAAGAAGGGCAGACAGCGUCACAGUCAUUCUAACCGUUUGUUCGUUCCUUCAUCAAGGGAAUUGCAACUUCGUGACGAAGGUUCGCAUCGCUCAGGAGAAGAAGGAGGCCAUGGCGGUGAUAGUGGUGGACACCUUGGGGUCCAGCAGGACACCGUCAGAGAUCCAGCGAGUCAUCAUGGGUGAUGACGGCUGGGGCUUCAAAGUCAAGGUGCCGUCCAUCUUUGUCAGUGACAAGGAGGGGUCCCUGCUGAUCGAGGAGCUCCGGAAGAACACCACUGACGUCAUCGUCGAGCUGGCCUGGGACGUGCCAAAGGUGGGUCAGACCCACAUCAAGGACGUCUUGACGGAGACCAGGCGAGCGGAUUGGCUUCUCGUCUGUGUCUUCCUUCUGUGGGUGCUGCGCUGCAGGAGACGACGGUGUCGAUGGACUUCUGGAUCGACCUAUCGGUGGGGAAAAGCAUCAACUUUCUCCAGGAGUACUCCCACUACGCCAAGACGCUCAAGCACAAGGUCAGGACAAAGGCGACUCCUUCUCCCCUUCCCCGUCUCAUUCUCCAUCCUCUCCUCUCCUGCCUGUGUGGUGUGUAUGGUGUUCUGUGGUUGCUGCUCACCUUACCUACCUUGCAGCUUGAUUUCCGCCCGCACUACUGGAUCUUCAGCCUCCCGGUCGACCUCAAUGACUUGUGCAUAGACGACGAUGCCACCUACUGCGCCGUGGACCCCGACAUGGCGGGCUCGACCACCGGCCGGGACGUGGUUGAGGAGACCGCCCGGUGAGUGAGCAGAGGGGGAUGGAUGGAUGGAUGGAUGCGUGGGCACGGUACACUUACGACUGACUGGUGGUGGUGUGUGUGUGCAGUCAAUUGUGUCUGUGGCGGGAAACUGCGAUUGUUGACCACAAUGUGGAGCAGAGCGGCGACUACUCGGCGAUCUGGUGGAACUACGUCGACUUGCUACCCAACGUGUAUGACACCACACGCACAACACGGGCAUCGAGGGAGGGAGGGAGGGAGGGAGGAGCUGAGGGCAGGGAAUACUGUCAAUCGUGUGUGCGGUGCGCAGGUGCCCGAUGGACGGCAAGGGCAACAAGGCCUUCGGCCAGGAGUGCUCCUUCGGCCUCAUGAAGAAUCUUGGCGCAGACAUGACCAAAAUCAACAAAUGCCUCACCGUACGUCAGAUCCUCGCGAGGACACAUCACACAACACGCACCCAACUGCCUACCUCUUCUUGGUUGUGCAGAAGGACAAGGAGGCGAUAUUGAGCAGGGAGCGCCUCAACCACGCGUGGAGCCCCCUGGCGAUGCGCAUCAACGACUGGAAGUACAGUGGUCCCCUCGACCCGGAGGUCAUCACACAAGCCGUCUGCUCAGGGUUCGAGGAACGACCACAGGUACACACGUCCACGCAUCAAGCAAUGAGACGAGACACCAGCCAGCGCACCAACUGCCGCCCUCUCCCUGCGUGUGUACGUGUCGAUAUCUGUCAGGAGUGCGACACGUUGCUCCAUCCGACCAAGAUCGGCUUCGAGGAGAAGGUGGACAAAGUUGAGGAGGAGCAGGGCGUCCCCUGGUGGAUCUUCGUCGUCUCCAUCAUCGGCGCUUCCAUCGUCGUCGUGUCACUCUUCUUCAUCUACAGGUACACACCUGCCUCCUCAAAUAAACUGUCCGCGGCUCGACCGUCCGUCACCUUUGUCGUCUGGGGUAGGGUUUGGAUUGCGCGUCACUUGCGGAAGGCUCUGCGCUGCGAGCUCAUGGCGGAGAUGAAGCAGCAGAUGUCGACCGAUGACGACCCCGCCAACGCCGCCCCCCAGACCGACCCCAAAUGUCCAUCGGCAGGACACUAUCAACCAACUGCACCAAAUGAAGAGAGAGAGGGAGAUGAGAUGAAUCCCCAUCCUCAUGUGAUUGUCGGCAGUGGAGCCUUCCAUGAAGCUGCGAACUGACAUCGUCAAAAGGCCCCGAGCCAACCCUGCCGCCAGCCAUCUGACAAGAUGUGACAUCCAUCUAUGUAUCAUGUGUGUUUGGCUGCCUGAGUGUGAGCUCUCUGGGCCCUAUGCCGGUGUGUGUGCCAGGGUACCUCUGGCCCGACGCCAUAGUCGAAUCUGGACUCCCUAGAAUCACUCAGAUUGACUGACCUGCCUACGCCACCCCUGAUUUGUGUGCGUGUGCUUCAUGGCGUGCCUCCGCGAUCUUUCCAUAAGUCCGCUUCCAUGUAGCAGUCUUACGGAUGAGGAGCGUCGGUGAGAGGGCGUUAUCGUCUUUCAACACGUUCUCACGUGAAUUGGACUUGUGUGUCAUUUUGCUUUCAGCCAAUCAGACUUUUCAUGUUUGCACAAUGGACACGCCAAUUGAUCAAUCGAUUGCUUGAAUGCAC